AUGGGUGAUAGCAGCGCGGUUUGCCCUCCUACAAGGGCCCGGACGCUCGUUCUCUGCUUCGACGGCACGUCAAACGAGUAUGACGCAGAUAACACAAACGUCGUCAAGCUCUUCGCCCUGCUGAGGAAGGAUUCAGACGAGCAAUUGGUUUACUACCAGGCGGGUGUUGGGACGUGGUUCGAACCUGGGGUUGUUUCGCCGCUAUUUGAAUGGAGUGCGAAGAUCCUGGACCUGGCGUUCGCUUGGUACCUCGACGCUCACGUUACGGAUGGGUACAAGUUCUUAAUGCAGAAUUAUCGAGCUGGGGAUAAAAUUUGCAUAUUUGGUUUCUCUCGUGGAGCGUACACUGCAAGGGCGUUGGGAGGGCUCUUGUAUAAGGUUGGACUGCUCCCUCGAGAUAACGAAGCCCAAGUCCCGUUCGCCUACAAGAUGUACAAACGCACUGAUGAAGAAGGGCUCAAGCUAUGCGCCGGAUUCAAGCAGACCUACUGCCUGACCGUCAAUACCGAAUUCAUGGGCGUCUGGGAAACGGUCGCCAGCGUUGGUGUUGUCAUGGGACGUACUCUGCCCUUCACCAACUCGAACAGUUCCAUCAAGACCUUCCGUCAUGCCUUGUCGCUCGAUGAGCGUCGAGCCAAAUUUAGACCUAACAACUAUCACCGCACAGCGCCGUCCGCCGAAGCCGCGCGCCUUGACCCGGAGCACGCGAGUCUGGGGGGAAAGUGGGGUAACGCGGACUCGGCGUCGUCCAUCUCGGAGGGUGACGAGAAGACGGCGGAGCUGCUCAAGAAGAAGCGGUGGGGAUUCUUCGGUCGGGGCCAGUCGGUGAAAGUCAAGAAGACAGUCAAAGCAAUCGCUCCUGUGCUCAUAGAGGAGAGCGGCGAUCCUGACGACGUGCUCGAGGUGUGGUUUGCUGGGUGUCAUAGCGAUGUGGGUGGAGGCGCGGUGUUGAAUGAGACGACAGAGUGCCUGGCGAACAUCAGCCUGCGGUGGAUGGUGCGGGAGGCUAUCGCCUCGGGUAGCGGGAUCAAGUGGGACAUCCCUGCACUGAUGCGCGCUAAAAUCGACCUGAACCCAGAACCAUCGCCUGAGGAAAUCGACUUGGACAUGACGGACGCGCUGGAGCCAAUACACGACGAGCUGAAGAACAACGUCCUCUGGUGGCUGUUGGAGAUCAUUCCGUUGCACUACUCUUGGCAGGACGCGGACGGGGUGUGGCAUCGUGAUUGGACGUUUAAUUUUGGGAGAGGCCGGAAGAUCAGCGACACCCAGCCCAAGUUCCACGCGACCGUGAAGAGACGAAUGGCAUCCCCGUUGAACUAUUCCCCGAAGGCAAAGUGGAAGGCAGGCACGGAAGUGUAUGUACAGUGA